AUGCCACCUGUUGCCAUGAAUCUUGAUCUACAUUCAGGUUUAUCCACCAAUACAUCACAAGCUUUCACCCCAAGAACCUAUAAAGCAUCCAAAGGAAGAAAUAUAAACCUUCUGACACAGAAUCUUAAGAUUGGUCACCAAAGAGUCAAUAUCGAUGUAGAUUUACCCAAUAACACCAUUGAUGGAUUAACAGAGAUCACAGUAAUCCCCACCAGUAGUCAUUUGAGGUCGAUUAAGUUGGAUUGUAGGGAAAUGCAAAUUAAAGAAAUCCUUGUAAAUAAUCGUAAAGCCAAUUUCAUCCACAAAGAUUUGUUAUAUAUCAAUGAUGAUACCAUAUUUGAAGAUUCCAUUGAAAAGAAAGUCAUCAAUUUGUUCGAUUUGUAUAAUAAAGAUCUCACCAUUCAUCAACAUCAUUUACUCAGACAAAAGAUUGAUUAUAUAUUUGGAGAAGUUAAUGAGGAUCCAAGACAAGAGAAACAUGAACUACAUCAUGGUAAUACUGAAGAAUUGACUAUUAUCUUACCAGACAAUUUGAAAUUACAUUUAACUGAUCGAAACUCCUUUAACACUCCAUCAUCACAACCAAACACAGUUACUCCAAUGCAUUUGAAAUCUAGGAAUACCCAUACGGAUUAUUAUACUCCAAUUCAAGUUAUCAUCGAAUACGAGGUUAAGAAUCCUAAAAAUGGGAUUAAUUUCAUCACUGAUCUGGAGGUCAAAACCAAUUGGCAUGCUUAUACUGUCAACUCCGAAUAUAAUAUUUCUUCAUCUUCUUGGGUUCCUUGUAUAGACAAUUUAUGGGAGAAAAAUACUUGGACAAUUGAAGUCAAUACCCCAAGAACUGUUAAAGAUAUUGGACAUCCUAUCAUCAUUGGAACUAAAGAAGCCAUAGAAUCUAGGAAGUUGGAAUAUAAGAGACGUAGAAGAGAAGAAAAAUUGAAAAGAAGAGAUGAUGCUAAACAAAAGGGUGAAACCGUAGCUCCAGAAGAUGAAAGUAGUGAUGAUGACGAUUAUGAUGAUGAUGAUGAUGAAUCUCAGGAUUUAAUGGUAGCUACAGGAGAUUUUGUAGAUACAAAAGAAGUUCCUCAUCCAACAGAUUUAUCCAAGAAAACUGUUUCAUGGUCAAUUUAUAAUCCUGUUUGUGCACAUCAUGUUGGAUGGACUAUUGGUUGUUUCCAACCAGUAGACUUACCUGAAUUUGUUGAAGAACAAGAUGAUAAUGAUAUGGCGGAAGAAACUAAUGAAGAAGUUUCAUGUCCUGUUAAGGUCUAUUGUACUCCUGAUCAAAUAGAUAUGGCCAAAAAUACCUGCAUAGCUACAAAAAUGGCCAUAAAGUACUUCCUGAAAGAGUUUGGUUCUUUCCCUUUUAACUCAUAUACCAUGAUCUUCGUUAAAGAUAAUCUUUACCCAAUUGGGAACUUUGCUGGGAUAACUAUUUUCGAUUCGAAGUUAUUGUACCCUUCGAAUUUGAUCGAACCAGCUUAUACUAUCACCCCAUUGGUAAUUAAUGCCAUUGCCAGUCAAUGGAGUGGAAUCAAUAUUACACCACAACAAUUUAAUGAUUUAUGGUGUACCAUCGCCAUAGCAGGGUUCAUGACCUACCAAUUUCUCAAAGUUUUAAUGGGAGCUAACGAAACAAGAUUCAGAAUUAAGAAAGAUAUAGAUAAAUGUGUCCAGCUUGAUGUUGGUAAAAAGCCAGUAGCUCAAUGGUUUUUCAGAUUCCCUAUUUCGGAAAAUGAUCUUGAUUUCAUCAAAUUGAAAUCCCCCUUGAUCUUGAACAUUCUUGAUAAGACCAUGACCAAGUCAGACAAAUCGUUUGGUCUUCAUAGAGUGUUACCUAAAUUGUUCUUACAAGCAAUGUCAGGAGAGUUGGUCAAUAAUACUUUGUCCACUCAACAUUUCCAAUAUGUUUGUGAAAAGGUCAAUAGAAAUCGUUUGGAGACAUUCUUCAAACAAUGGAUUUUCGGUGCUGGGUGUCCUACAUUCAAUGUUUCUCAAAGAUUUAAUAGAAAAAGAGGGAUGAUUGAAGUUGCUGUUAGACAAGUCCAAAUCCAAGAAGCCAAAAAUCAUGUUCCUAAUUUGGACAAUUUUGUCGAUAGUUCUGUGGCCUUAUUGGAUGACGAACCCAAAUUCCCUGUCCAACCUGCUUUCAUAGGUCCUUUAACUAUCAGAGUUCAUGAAGCUGAUGGGACUCCUUAUGAGCAUGUGGUGGAUUUGAAAGAAAGUUAUGUCAAAAUCGAUAUCAACUAUAAUUCCAAAUUCAGAAGAAUGAAGAAACAUAAGGAAGAAGCUGCUGAAGGUGGAACUUAUAGUAGAUUUGGUGAUAUCAUACAAAGUGAUUCUGAACUUACUUCAUGGAAAUUGGUGGAAUGGGCUCCCAUCGAUGAUGAAGAAUUGUAUAAUAAUGCCUUUGAAUGGAUUCGUGUAGAUACCGAUUUCGAAUGGAUAGCUAAAAUCAAUGUGGGACAACCUGAUUAUAUGUUCACUUCCCAAUUACAAUAUGAUAGAGAUGUUGAAGCACAGUUUGAAGCUGUGAAUUUCUUUGGAAGACUGAAAAAUCCUAUAAUUCCAUAUUGUACCACCUUGAUUAGAACCAUUAUGGACUCAAGAUAUUACUAUGGUGUUAGAAUAGGUGCAGCCCAAGCUUUGGCAAGCUUUUCCCGUCCUGAAAAUAAUUUCAUCGGUUUACCAUACUUGAUCAGGGUUUACCAAAAACUAUUUUGUUUCCCCAACAGUACAAUUCCUUUAGCUAAUGAUUUCAGUGAUUUACCAUCAUUUUUAAUCCAGAAAUCGUUUGCCAAUAUCUUUGCUUCUAUCAGAGAUGAUGAGGGACACGUCCCAGCAGCUGCUAAGGAUGUUAUCUUGAACAUGGUUAUUUAUAAUGAGAAUUCGAAUAACAUGUUCCAAGAUUCCUUAUACAUAAGUUCCAUGAUUGAAAGCUUGACUGAUAGUAUCAUAUCCAAGGAAGCUACUCCUGUAAACAAUGUCAAGAUCAAUCCUGAAGAUGAGAUCGAAGAUGAUGAAGAUAGUGAACAUGAGUUCAAUAAGCUUGUAGUCUCAGAAAUCGAAAGACAACAGAAAUUAGAUGAAUGGGUACCUUCUUAUCAUCACAUUAUCUCCACUACAUGUUUAAAACAGAGAGUUAGGUUAGCAUUCUUCGGUAUUACCGACUUACCGUUGGAAGAAUUGAUCUUCUUAUCAUCGAACAAGUAUCAUCCUAAUAUCAGAUUACAAGCUUUCAAAGGUUUGUUGAUUCUUGGUGGGUUGAAAAAUGUUUCCAUCAUGAAAUAUUACCUCAAAACUUGUUUGUUCACUUUUGAAAAUCACAGUUUCAGGUCAAAAUUGAUCGAAAUCUUGGUUGAAGCCAUCAAAAUCGCUGCCAUUCAGGGAACUUGUUCAACUCUUGAUGAUGAGGAAUUCAAGACUCUCGAAAAACUCCUCGAUAUUAGACCAGUUGAUGGAGAUAUCAUUUCAAUAGGAGGAAGACGUGAUUUGUUGGCCAGGACUUCUUUCAAAGGAACUAUUCAACUUUUGAGAAGAAAUUUCGGUAUCGGGAAAGGCCUACAAUAUGUCAUGUGGGAAUUAUUACAUUCUUCAUUGUUGAGUUUAUAUAACAGGAGAUUGUUAUUCACCAUCAGUCAGAUUCUUUACAAGGAAAUUGACUCACUUAUUGUGGACUUGCCUAUUCCAAGUGUUGAGACUAAAGAUUUGACUAAGAAGAUUGUUCUUAAGUAUUUGGGUGAUGGGAAAAUUGUCAUUAAAAGACAAGGAAGAUUCAAGAUUCAAUUACACCCCAAGAUUAUUUUGAACAAGCCAAAAUUAAAGGUCAAAUUGAAUAAUACUCAACCAGAACCUCCUCGUCCUAUGAGAGCUCCAGCUAUGAGGGCUCCCACAGUGAAAGUGCCAGCAGCUAAAUCACCUGUCAAACCACCUCCUGUGAAACCUGCUAAAGAAGUGGCCCCUCCCCCUCCUCCCCCAGUGCAAACAUCCUUGGUAACGAAAACUGGUACAACAGUGAAAUUCACUCUUGGUAGAAGAAACUUGAAAGGAAUUGUCGCCAAAGAUCCUAUCAGAUCAACCUUUACUGUUGGCUCUAAUGGGGUUGUUGUUAAUGGUACAUUUGUAACAAUUCCAAUUGUUGACAAACCCCAUAGAUUCGUUAGGAUUUUGUUGAAACAAAAGAAGGUUAUGAUUUCUAAAGAUCCCUUUAAAGAUACUAUGGCCACAUCUGCUGACGAUAGUGUUGUCAAACCAGAGACCUCAAAAAAUUCUGAACCUUUAAAAGAAACCAAGAAACCUGAACCGGUUGAUACUGAACUCCCUGAAGAAUCAAAUCCUCCAACUAACGGUAAACACAACUUAGACAUAGAAGAAAAAUCAGAUAUCAAACGUAUCAAAAUUAAUGUUCCAAAACUGGAACCCUCUAAUGAACCUGAUGAACCUGAAAAUCCACCUAAACCAAAAAUUAAACUCAAAUUGAGUUUAAAAAGACUGUAG